UCACCCCCUUGGUGGGGCCCCUUUCCUUUACUAUGGUGAUAGUGACAUUCAGGCGGAAGGCUAGAAGCAAACAUCAAAAAGCCCAGGCACAGUACGGGUUAUUUAUUCCAUUGUGUGUGUUUGGGUUUUUACAUCAUCUAGGCUACAGCCUGGCAAAUCUAUACGGCACCUUCAAAAUGCUAGACCAGGAAGAUGCAAGUAGGCAGCUUGGAUAACACUGGAAAGAAUGGCAAAAGCUUUGCUGUGAGGAAGAAUUUCCCUGCUGAGCUCCUAUUGCCAAAGGAUAUUUACCUGGCGGCCCUGACAAGAUCUGUUAGAAGACCCCUUCCUCCCUGCUUGUAUAUGGCAAAGUUUCUUGCAGAGCUCCUGGGCUGCACGUUGCCGGACAAGGGCACCUCUUCCAUGUUUGAGUCCAGAAGUCAGUCCCGUAUUGGCCUGAAGCAAAGCACCAAGCAGAAGACCACAACUUUCAGCACUUUGGCCAAUGAGAAGUCCUUAUCUGACCGCAAAUGGUGGUGGUUGACUGAAAGACGAUUUAGGGCAGCACAGAACUCUAAAACAGAAAGCAGGAAGGGCUGGAGCAGCUGA